AGCUCUUGCGUUUAUUGCCACAUGAAUUAGUCGGAGAUUGUAAGUGCAAUCGGUUGGACCACCAUUGUUUCUGUUUUUAAUUUAAUUCUGUGCAAUAUUCCGUUAAGACAGUACCAACUAUGCACACCUUCAGCUUGGUCCUGUUGGCCCUCCUUCCUGUAGUAACCCUUGCCGUCUUGGACAAGCCGAAGCUAUCAUUUCUGAAUGAGUUCCCACAGAUGUUUAAGGGAGAACGAGACUUCUCCUUAGCACUGAUGAAACAGAUCCGAGAGAUGUAUCCCAGCGGCAAUCUGUUCUUCUCCCCGUUCAGCACCUACAACGCCCUGCUCCUCGCCUACUUCAGUUCCUCCGAGCAGACGGAACGUGAGCUUGCGCAGGCACUGAACCUGGGAUGGGCCUCCAGCAAGCAGCAGGUCUUAGUUUCGUACACGUUGGCAAAGAGGCAGGACGAAUUUCGAUGGCGCCAAAGUCCCAUGGAGCUCUCGUCUCCGAACAGAAUUUUCGUCGACAGGUCGAUAAAUGUUUCCAACAAAUUCAACACUUUCCUCUACGGGAUAACCAAACAGUUGGACUUCAAGAAUGAACCGGAGAAUGGCCUACAGGUAAUUAACGACUGGAUAGCCGAUAAGACGCACAACCAGAUCCGCGACAUGCUCAGCUCCCAGGAGAUCACAUCCCGCACCAUGUUGGUGCUGGCCAACGCCGCCUACAUGAAGGGCCAGUGGCUCAGCCAGUUUAAGGUGGAGGAGACCGCCUCGAAGCCGUUCUUCAUAAACGAGCGUGAGCAGGUAAUGGUUCACAUGAUGCACAAGACGGGCACCUUCAAGAUGACCAUCGAUGAGAGCGUGCAGUCGCAGAUCAUCAAGCUGCCCUACCGCACCAUAUACAAGUCGAAGGAGACGCACAUUUCCACUCCCGAGUCCAAAUCCGAUAUCUCUAUGAUAAUCAUUCUGCCGUACUCCAACAAAAUCAGUCCUAACCAUGUCAUAUCCCGGCUAAAUGCCGAUUCCAUAAAGAAUUGGUUUGAGCGGGCAAUGCCGCAGGAGAUCGAGUUGUCGCUGCCCAAGUUCCAGUUCGAGCAGCGCCUGGAACUGACCCCGAUCCUCAGCGGAAUGGGAGUGAACACAAUGUUCUCCAGCAACGCCACCUUUGGAGACCUGACUGCCGAUCCCAUUUCCCUUGCCAUCGAUGAAGUCCAACAUCUGGCCAAGAUCAAGGUGGACGAAGUGGGCAGCACUGCGGCAGCGGCAACCAUCCUCUUUGUCAGCCGAUCCGCCAGGCAGCCCGAUCCUACCAAAUUCAACUGCAAUCACCCGUUCGUGUUCCUUAUCUAUGAUGAGAAGGUGGACACUAUUCUCUUUGCGGGCGUCUACAGCGAUCCCAGGCAAAUGCAGCACUAAAAGUGCUAAACUUCUAAAACUUGUGUGUUUUUAAAAAAACGUAAAAAAAAUAUUCUCUAUAAUGCCCA